GCAAGAAAUAACGCAUUCGUGUCGUGCUCGAGAGACCUCAACCCGACUGUUAACGCGUGGUGAUUUAAUCAUUUCUCACAAUAUUUUUUUUUUUAAUUUUUAACGUGUUUUUCAAUCUUAAUCUUCUCAGUUUCACUCCUCCAAAUGCCGAAUGGAAGUAACCAACUCCAGUGCAGCAUUACUCUGUAAUUAUGAGGUGCUGACGUACUUGAAUGAAUUGAAAUCAAAAGCGCAGACUGCUCAAGAAAAGAACAGCCAUCUAGCAACAAUUCUGUACGAAACCUCUCACUAUUUAACUGAUUCCCUCAACAAUGCUCCACGGAUAGCCAACAUUCCUGAGUUCUUAACGGACCUACUCUCAUUCCCAGUAGCCCUGACGAAAGAGGAAAAACUCUUGUUGGUCAACUCCCCUCCAUCAUCUGCUCUCCAGCUCUCUUUGCUCAUCAAAGACUGUGAUGACCGACUAUCUGAGAACCAAAUUGAGUCUCUGCUUGAAAUCAUUAAGAAAAACGUUACGGAAGAACAGUUGAAUAUUGUAAAUCAGCAGACAAGUCGCAAGAAGCAGCAGCAACAGUAGCAGGAAAAGGCGGUUUUGUUCUUGGAGCAAUUAGCAUAUCUUUCCUCUCGACUGAACUCUACAGGCUCCAAAAUGUCGGAUAAUAUUCUAAAAGAGACAUCUGAAAUCUUCUUUAACAUCUGGCAUGACCCGAAUUUUUGGACGGGCCUUCUUUUUGGAAUGUUUACAGUUACCACAUUUAACAUGACAUUUAGAAUGUACAGAAGUCUAUUGGAAAUUCAAAAUUCGAGUCCUGCUGAAAAACCCUCCGCCUCAUCUAAAAAAAUCCCUGAUGGUGUAGAGCCGGUUGCAGAUGGGAGCUCUAAGAUGGCUUUGGUGGUUCGGAAAGACUUGAAAAUGGGUAAAGGAAAAGUUGCCGCUCAGUGCUCUCACGCCGCUGUAGGAGCUUUCAAAGAAAUUUUGAAGGAUCCAGACGCUUUAAACCUGUGGGAGGCUCGAGGGCAGGCGAAAAUUGUCGU